CUUUACCUUAAUCAAUUAAAUUUCAUUUUUUAUUUUAAUGGUUUUUAAAAUGUUCAGUAAAGCUGUCAUUAUGUUGUUCAUUUGUUAUUGUAUCGCAAUAUUUUGUGUGUUCAUGACCAGAUGGCAGAAUAUUGAAGAAAAUUCAAACAAUUAAUUAUAUAAAUUGAACUAACUAGAAGAAUUUUAGAUCAAAGUCAAGAAAAGCAUAAAUUACUGUAUAUAAAUUGGAGGCGAUGAGCAAUUUAUUAAAUUUUAAUAAAAAUACUACAUAACAUUCUACAAAAUACAAAGUUUUUACAAUUUAUAGAAUUUGAUUUAUUUUAAUUUAAAAAUUAAUUAAUAUUAAUAAUAAGUAAUAAUAUAAUAUACCCUUCAAAAUGGAUACAGUUUACGGAACAAAAAGAUAUUUAAGAAGUUUAAUGGGCAAUACUAGUGAUAUUUAUGGUUCACCAAAAAGUCGAAUAACGCAUAACGAAAUAAAUAAUUCAUAUGGUUACCGUUCUGCAUUAAAUGCUGCAGAAAUGUCUAAAUAUCCAUAUUUUAAUGAUUUAAGUUCACCAAAUCAAUAUGGUUAUAAUAAUUGGGGUAUAUGGCGUGAACAAAGUUUAGCACCAUCAGUUUAUUCAUCAAAAAGUCGACAUGAAGUGAAAUCAUUUUCAAUUAUAUUAUCAACUGCUGCAUUUAUUGUAAUACUUGCUGUGAUUUCUGUAGCUGGUUUGGCAUUUUAUUUUGGUACAUUCAAAUCAAAUUUAGAUGAGCCUGUAAUGAUGUUUGAAGGAAAUUUUCAUAUAAUGAAAGGUGAUGUUUAUACAACAGCCUUAAAAUAUAAUCAUUCAUCAACUUAUAAACAGAAAGUUGAUUUUUAUGAACGUUUCAUAGAAAAAUCAUUAAGGGAUAAUGAUUUACAACCGGUUAAAGUUGAAAUAUUAGGUUUUGGUGAUGGUCCAUUAAUAAAUACAAAUUUUAGAACAUUUUUAGAUAUUCGAAAAAUUCCAGUUAAUAUUCGCAGUGUGGAAGAGCAUAUCAGGGAAGCAAUUUUAUAUCAGACAAAUUCACCAAAAUCCUUAUACAAAUCGAUUCGUGUUGAUCCUGAUACUAUUUCAAUUAAACGAGUUCUUGAUGACGAAAAAAUUAAAUCUGCUAUAUUUAUAAUGACCAAUAAUCAAGAUGAUACUGAAAGAAGUCUCUUAAAAAAAUCAAAACCAAGUCUUAUUAAAUCAGCUUCUCCAACUCUAAUAACAACUGCUAGAUCAAAAAUUAUUAAAACAACUACUCAAAGUCAAAUUGAAGAAGCAGUUGAUUCUGAAGCGGAUAUCAAUGAUAAUAUACCAGCAGUUGCUUCAAGUUCAUUUGAAGGUUCAUUUGAAAUAACAAAAACUGAUGCUGAUAUUACAAGAAAGAAACCUUUACCGACAAAAGCGGUUACUUCUAAAAAAACAUCAUAUACAACGGCUAGAUUAAAAAGUAAAACAAAGCCAACAGUUGAAAAAGUUUAUAAAGCACCUAUUAAUACAACUUUGUCAAUGUUAGUUAAACCAGCUUCUGUAAUAAAUGAUGGUUUAAAACCUGCUCCUACAGCUUCAACUCUACUUGCUACUAAAGGAACAACAUAUCUUCCAAAAACAUCAAAACAACCAGUAACUAAGAUUAUAACAACUUUAAAGACCAGAAUUAUUCCUACUAUUACAACACGACGAGUGAUAAAAUCAACAACAACUACAACAAGCAAACCUACAACCACAAGUAAAUCUACAACAACAACAACAGUGGUUCCAACUACAACUACAGUAACAAUUCCAACAACAACUACUAAAAAUCUAAAAAAUUUUCCAACUCAAACUAAAAAUAUGAUGACUACACCGUAUCAUAAUACUCCAUUAUUAGGCAUUGUGGCUCUUAGUGAAAAUCGUGAAGCAAACAACUUUAAUCAUACAAUUGUACAAAAGAUUCCAAUCAAAGAAUCUGAAAUUCUGAUUCCUUCAGAACCAGAGAACAGAGAAGAAUUUAAUCCUCCUAAAUUGGAUGCUCAUUUAUUUACUACUUCGCCAGUUUUGGAUACUGAACCAUGGCGCCCAAUAAGACCUCCAAUUCCAACAACAUCACCUUUUGUUGCUUUGUCAAGUGCUCUACCAAAUUUAAGUGCUGAAGAAUUGAAAAAAGAUUUUGCAGGAUAUCUGAAAAAUAUUAAAAAUCGUACUGUAACCGCCACCACAAAAGAUAGUGAUUUACUCUUUUAUCACAGUUUUACAAAUCCUGUAUUUAUGCCAGGUCUUACUGGUAUUGAAAAAUUAGGGAAUUCAGUUGUUAAACCACAUCCCAUUCCAGUACAACUUUUAGAUGACAUUGUUACACCUGAUUUUAAACCUAUACGAAAUGAUGAAAAUUUAUUAAAAAAAUUACUACAGAAAACUACUGAUAAUCAAGAUUUAUUUGAAGACAUUGGUGGAGGUGUUUUACUUAGAAAACCAAAUAAUUCUAAUAAAACAAAAAUACAAGAUGAAAAAUUAGUUUCAACAAGUUCUACUACAACUCAGACACCUCUUGGUCAAAUUAUGAAUACUGGUAGACCAUUUAAAGCACCUGAAAGAAUUUCAGAACAAAAAGAUAGUGAAAUUGAAUCGAAUGCAAAUCCAACAAAAAAUAAAAUUGAAUCAAUUUCAAAUGUAGAAGAUAGUGAAAUUAAAGUGACUCCAAAUAAAACUCAAAUAGACGAUAUAGUUGAAGAUAAAUCUGGAGAUAUUCCUUUACCUGAAGAUCAAAAUAUCAAUAUUACUUUUACAACGACCGAAAAUAUUGAAAAAGCUCAAGGCAAACCUUUUAAAAAUAAAACUGUAGAGUUAUUUCCAGAUACAGAAAGUAGAAAUAAACAAAGUUCAAUAUUGGCCAAUGAAGUACAUCCUCCAUUGAAAGAACCCAUCAAAACAGAAAUUUUAAAUAGUUCCUUACUUUUCCCAACACCUACAAAAUGGGAAUAUAGUAAUGGAACAGUUGACAAUAAAGUUACACCAAGCACAGUAAAGAAAAUUUUCAAUGAAACCUUACAUGCUUGGGUUAUUCAAGAUGGCACUGAAGAGAAUAAAAAUAAUGCCAUGAAUCUAAGUUUAAAAACUAAUCUUACUUCAGAAAAUCGUCCUAAAGUUAAUAUUCAAGAUAUAUCAUUGAUUUUUGAUACUUUAGCAUCAAAAUUAGGAAUAUCAACAGGUACCUAUAGUAGAAGGCCACCGUUUCCCGCUAGUCGAUUAAAACAAUCAUCACGAAUUGAUUCAAGAACACCAACUACAGCUACAUCAACAACACCUACUACACCAACAAUACCAUCAUUACCAUCAUCGUCUUCAUCAUUAUCAACAGCAUUACCAUUAAAAUCAUCAACACCUUUACCAUUUAAUUUAGAAAAUAUAAGUAUUGAUAAAGGUUUUAUACCAAUGACAUCCUCAACAACAGAAAAGGCUUAUGUAAUUGAUAAAGAUAAUGAAGAACAAAGAGAAGAAGAAGAAGAAGAUGAAGAAGAACAAGAACAGGAAGAACGCGAAGAAGAGAAUAAAGAAGAAAAUAAAUCAAAAGAAAUUCGAAAUGAUUCAUCUUCAGUAGAAAAAGUUGAAGGUGAAGCCGAAGUUGAGGUUGUUGAUCCAAAUAUUUAUGAUGAAAUAUUAAAAUAUUCUCAAUCAUUAACAUCAAGUACAGAAUCAGCAAUACCAACUCUAAUGACAUUAUUACCAGUUAAAUCAAAUUCUGGAUUAAGACCAAUACAUUCAAUACAUCAUGGCCAGCAUAGUAUACCGAAUGAAAGUGCUAAAUCAUAUAUGAAUACAGAAUUUAGAGAAGCUACAGUUAGAGAUCAAAUUUCGGUUACUAAUUAAAAAUAAAUAAAAUUAAUUUUAACAUAAUAUUAAAUUUAUAAAUUUAUAAACUAGUUUAAAUUAAUUUAAAUUAAUUUUUUAUAUAGGCUUAUAAUAGAAAAAGAAACUUUACAUAAUAAACUAACAGAAAUGUUAAAAAUUAUGAAUCUAGGAUAGA